UAGAAAAUAAAUUAUCCCCCAAUAAUGAUUACGAUGAAAAUUCAAUGGAAUAUGAUUAUGAAAAUUCCAAUGGAAAUGAUAUCGAUGAUAUUGAUGUGGAAAAAUUUAUUGUAAUUCAUCCGGAAAUCGAACCAACAUUGGAAGAUUAUGAAAAUGGUUAUUGUAUAUCAGAUAGUCGUAUGUCUUGUGGAAAAGGUGGUUUUACUGGUGAUGUUGAUAUACCUUGUGCACGUAAUACUAGGCCAGAAUCAUUUGAAACAAUUGAAGAGCUUAAUUUAAUACGUGAUGUUUGUCCAGAAUUUUUGGAAAAUCUUCAACCAGGUGAAUCACCCAAACUUUGUUGUAAUAUGAAAGGAUUACAUGAACUUCGCAUUAGUUAUGAUAUGCCUAAACAAAUGGGUAUUAGCCGAUGUCCAUCUUGUUUUUACAAUUUUCGCCGUUUAUUUUGUAAUUUUGUUUGUUCACCAAAUCAGAAUAAAUUUUUACGUGUCGAUAAAACUGAAUCAGUCAUGAUUGCUAACCAAUCGUAUGAAAAAAUACGUGAAAUGACGCAUUUUAUUAAUAAAAAUUUUGCCGAUGGUCUUUAUGAAUCUUGUAAAAAUGUUCAAGGUUUAUCUGCCGGGCUUUAUGCAUUGGAUUUAAUGUGUGGUAGUCAUGGGUCAAAACAUUGUAAUGGUCAACGAUGGAUCUCAUUCAUGGGCAUUUCAGCUGAUAAUGGUGGUUAUGCACCGAUUCAAAUCAAUUAUAAAUUUACCGAUGAUGUUGAAAAAAUAUUGGUCAAUAAUCAAAGUGUAUUUGAACCAAUGAAUCCUUCAAUUAUACCCUGUAAUUCAAUUCCACCUGGUAUGCCAUCGGAUGCUAUUUGUCCUUGUCAAGAAUGUUCCACUUGUUUGGAAUCUAAAGGACAACAACAAUUAAACAGUCUUCUAUCUAGACUUUCACGUUUUAUUGAUUUGCAAGAAUAUUCCUCAUCAUUUACUAUUUAUAAAUUAAGUGGUUGUGCAACAUUUGGUCUAUUUUUAUAUAUAUUUAUUGUUAUUGUUGUUUUGGUUUAUUUUCUAAUAUUCAAUACAAGAGAAAAAUCAUCCUAUGAUGUUUCUGAAACCGAAUUCAGUGUUGAUGGUGAAAAAGUGGAAAAUUCGCAACCGCACCAACAAGAAGAAACAUAUCUUGGUUCACCAUCAUCGUCAACAUCAAGAUCGGCAACCGGAACACCGGAAUUAGAAUCUGAAAAAUUUGUUGAUCGUAUUAAUCCAUGUAAUCAGAUGGGCAUUAUGCAACCAUUGGAACAUUUACAUACGGUCAAUCUAGCAUUGGGAAUACGUUUGGAACAAUUUUUUGAACAAAUUUUUCGAUCAUGGGGUGUAUUUGUUGCCCGUAAUCCAUGGUCAAUAAUAAUCGGUUCGAUUGUGAUUAGUUUAUAUCUGGCUGCAGGUGUUUUUACACAUUAUCGAGUAACGACCGAUCCGGUUGAUCUAUGGGUACCGGCCGGUAGUCAAGCACGUAAUGAUAUGGAAUAUUUCAAUGAAAAAUUUUGGAAGUUUUAUCGAAUCGAACAGGUGAUUAUUGAACCAAAAAACCUACAACCAUUUACAAUGGCAAAUUAUACAAAUUAUGAUGGUAAUGCGCUCAUUGAAUUUGGUCCAGCAUUUGAACAACAAUUCAUGUUACAAGCAUUUGAUCUCUAUGAUAAUAUUAAACAUUUAACAGCUAAAUAUUUUGACCGAAAAAAUGGCCAAAAUCAAACAAUACAUUUAGAAGAUAUUUGCUAUAAACCACUAAGUGUUUCUUGUGCCAUGCAAAGCAUUUUUACUUAUUUUGGUCAGAAUGUUGAACAAAUUCGAAGACCUGAUUAUAUUCGUCGUAUACAGAAUUGUGUUGAAAAUGGAAUGAAUCCAAAAUGUUUUGGUAAAAAUGAUAUACCAUUGCCAUAUCCAGGCGUUGCAUUGGGUGGAUUUGAAAAUGAUCAAUAUUUAGAAGCAAAAGCAUUGAUUAUAACCGUACCUGUUGUUAAUCAUAAUGAUCCAAAAGAAAAUAUUCCGGCAAAUUUAUGGGAAAAAGAAUUCCUAAUGUUAUUGGAAAAUGUAACCAAAACAAAUAAAUAUAAUCUAUUGAACUUGGCUUAUAAAGCUGAACGUUCAGUUGAAGAUGAAUUAGAUCGACAAAGUCAAUCUGAUAUUGUAACAGUUGCUGUUAGUUAUCUGAUAAUGUUUAUCUAUAUCUUAUUAGCACUUGGUGAUCUGGAUAAAUGUUCAACAAUUCUAAUGACAGCAAGAUUUACAUUAGGAUUUGUUGGCGUUGCGGUCGUAUUGUUAUCAGUUUUAGCAUCAUUAGGUUUAUUUUUUUAUUUCAACAUCCCAGCAACAUUGAUUAUUGUUGAAGUGAUACCAUUUUUAGUUUUGGCUGUGGGUGUUGAUAAUAUAUUCAUAUUGGUACAAUCAUUUCAACGUGAUAAACGUAAAGAAUCGGAAACAUUAGUCGAUCAAAUCGGAAGAGUUGUUGGUGAAAUUGCACCAAGUAUGUUACUGUCAUCAUUAUCGAUGAGUGCAUGUUUUUUCAUUGGAACACUGACCGAAAUGCCUGCCGUGCGAAUGUUUGCAUUAUAUGCUGCAGUUGCAUUGAUAAUAAAUUUUUUUCUACAAAUGACUUGUUUUCUUGGCUUAUUUACAUUGGAUACCAAGCGUCAAUUGGAUCAUCGUUUGGAUAUUGUUUGGUGUAUAAAACAAUCGAAAAAGCGUCAUGAAUUGGAUAAUUUCUCGAAAGAAAGUGUUCUAUAUUUGUUAUUUAAAGAUUUUUAUUCCGAAGCACUAUUACGUGAUAAAGUUCGUAUGAUAAUUCUGUUAAUAUUUGGUGCAUGGUUUUGUUCAUCGUUUGCCGUUCUGGAUAAAAUACAUAUCGGUCUGGAACAAGACCUUACAAUGCCUGAAGAUUCUUAUAUGAUAAAUUAUUUUAAUUUUUAUCAAAAAUAUUUUGUUACUGGACCUCCAGCUUAUUUUAUGAUUACUGAAGGAUUAAAUUAUUCAGAUCCAAAAGUUCAACGUAUCCUAUGUACACAGAAUAAAUGUGAUCCAAAUUCACUACCGUCAAUACUGGGAAUGCUGUCAAAACGACCAAAUGUGACUUAUAUACAAACCAAACCCGUAUCAUGGAUCGAUAGCUAUUUUGAAUAUUUGGAAAGUUCAAAUUGUUGUUAUAAAAAAUCCUAUAAUCAAACACAUGAUGAACAAUGCAGUCUUGAUGAUCGUUCCGAUUGUAAAAUGUGCUGGACAAAAGAAAGUUGGCCAAGUGGAUCAGAUUUCAUUCGUUAUGCACCAUUCUUUUUACAUCAGGCACCGGAUUCGGAUUGUGCUAAAGCCGGUCUUGGCCAAUUUGAUGAUGCUGUUCGUUAUGAAUGGUUAGAAGAUCAAUAUAAUAUCGAAAUUUCAACAACCUAUUUAUCAGUUUAUCGAAGCGUGCUGAAAACAUCGGAAGAUUUUUAUGAAUCAUUACGUUCAUCAAGAGAAAUUGCUGAUAUUUUGACGGAAAAACUGCAAAAUGCAACCGGUACCCUGGCUGUUGUUCGUCCAUAUAGUGUAGUGGAUGUUUUCUAUGAACAAUAUCUAACAAUGUGGCCUGAUACAAUCAAAAGUUUAGGCAUAUCGAUUCUGGCUAUAUUUAUUGUUACAUAUUUAUUUUUGGGUUUGGAUUUUUAUUCCGCAUUGAUUGUUGCCGUUACCAUACUAAUGAUUAUUGUCGAUUUAAUGGCAAUGAUGUAUUGGUGGGAAAUAUCAUUGAAUGCAAUAUCAUUAGUCAAUUUAGUUGUUGGUGUUGGUAUUUCCGUCGAAUUUUGUUCACAUUUGGUACGUUGUUAUUCAAUUUGUUCGGCACCGACACGUAUACAACGUGCAAAAGAAAGUUUGGAAAAAAUGGGCAGUUCAAUUUUAUCCGGAAUUACAUUAACUGAUUGUGGUAUUUUGAUUCUAGCGUUCGCUAAAUCAAAAAUAUUUCGUGUAUUUUAUUUCCGAAUGUAUUUGGGUAUCAUAUUAUUUGGUACAUUACAUAGCCUGAUAUUUUUGCCUGUAUUAUUAUCGGUAUUAGGUCCAUCAAUCAAUAAACAACGUUUAUUUUUAAAUAAUUUCAAUAAGCAUCAUCAUUCAUCAUUUCCAUUUCGUAAUGAUAAAAAUUGUGUAUUAACAUAUUCAUCAUCCGCUUCAUCUUCCGCAUCAUCAUCAUCAACAUCAUCACCGACACAUACAUUGAAAGCUAAUCAAGAACAGCAGCAAAGAAGAAUAUCCAAUUCAUCAACAGAGUCGACAAAUGCAGUAUCAGCUGAACAACAAUAUCGACAUUCAGAAUUAAUAACAACUACUGUUGAUAUGCAACAACAACAACAAUCAAUGAAAAAUUGCCAUUUUUAAGUUCAAAAAAUCUUUCCUUUUUUGAAAAUAGAGAAUUUUGAAGCAAGUGCCAUCCCAUCAGAAAAUACAUUUCAAGUGCUAGAUUGGAAUGGUUUUUCUUAAAUUAA